AUGGCCAACGGCUACAAGGUGGAGGAGGGCACUGGAAUCAAGGACCGCCACCACGUCUUAAUGUUGGCUGGUCCCGGUUCUCCCUUUUUUCAAUGGCUGCUACUGGCUGCUGCGUCUACCAUUUCCCGUCUCCUUGUUGCCCACUCAAUGCUAUCCCCAACUACCGAGGAGCUUUGCUCGCGCCUGAACAAAUCCGGUAAACAACGACAAAAGCAGUGGAGGCCCAGGUCUAAGACUGGCUGCUUCACUUGCAGAAUCCGGCGAGUCAAAUGUGAUGAGUCCAAGCCGAGCUGUCGGAAAUGCACUUCCACGGGCCGGAAGUGUGAUGGCUACGAAGGCCCGAGCAACAAGCGCACAAAAAGCACACUCACUUACACCCACAACUUGGUACAGGUGCCGUCGGACUGGAAUCUUGUCGGGCAUAAUUCAAUGGAGAAUACAUAUUUCAACUACUUUCGCAUGGUGACCAUCCCCAGUUUGACGGGUUUCUUUGACUCGGGGAUCUGGUCCUACCGAUUACCCCAGGUCUCACAUCACUACCCGGCUCUGUGGCAUGCAAUGGCCGCGCUUGCGUCUUUGCACUGGGACUUCCUUGAGGAAGAGACACCCAUCACUCCUGUACGGGUAUCUCAAAGCAACCGGGUUCAAUUCGCGUUGAGACAGCAUACCAAAUCCAUUCAGCUAUUGAGGGAGAUGAUAUCAUGGACGCGCUUGACGGUCCACGAUAAGUUGGCUAUUCUUGGGACCUGCAUUAUAUAUAUCUGCCUCUUCAGUCUGCAGGGCUUACACUGGGAAUCUUUCAAGCAUAUCGGUGGUGCCUUGAUGAUAUGCUACAACUGGCGUCUUGAAUUCGAGGCACAUGACUCUGUGGACAUGUCCCCACUAGUUGUUCUCUUGGCCCAGCUCGACAGCCAGGCCCGUCCAAUGUUUCUGCUCCAACAACUUCCUAUCCCUUGGGCGCAGACCCAGUUUGCCCUGCCUGCACCCCAAACCCAUUUCACAUCUCUCCCCGAGGCGCAUGAAUCCCUGGAGGUCCAUAUAAAUAACAUGUUACAAGUUGUUACAAGUGGCUCUGACAUCGCUGCGGCGGAAGGGCCUGCUAAACUCGAGAAGUGUCAUGAGGACUUUCGUCAAUGGGAUGAAAGGCUUGCCCGGUAUCUUGCGACUUCUUCCCCCGAUCGGGAGAACAAAGGCUUGAACAUUCUCUACCUUCGGCGGUUAUAUGCGAAAGUGCUGCUGUGUCUGGAUCCAUCCAAGGGUGAACUUGGUCAUGAUGACUUUAUCGAUGACUACGCGCAGAUGCUCCAACUGGUUGGUACAAUCUUAGAAGACGAAUCCUUGGAAGAGGCAUUGACUCCUGCUUUAAUCCAACCAAAACGGCACUUCAGUUUAGAAAGCACUGUUACCGAGGCUUUCUUCCUAAUUGCGGCUCGUUGUCGGGAGCCGAUGAUUCGACAAAAGGCACUAAAAUAUAUGAAACUAUAUCCUCGUCGCGAAGGCAUCUGCGGGACCAUGCUAGCAUUACAUGCCGGAGAGAAGCUUAUUGAGAUUGAGCGCACAGCAUGCCAAACAGCUCCACUUGGGUCAUGCACCCACGGGCGAUGGGUAUGUGCCAACCAUCGCAUGGCAGUUUUACGAUUCGCCGAUCUCACUGGGGAGAGGGUUUCCUUUGAGAUGUUAACCGCGGAGGAGGCGAAGCGUGGCAUACCGGGCAGAGUGUUUAUAUUCCAAAAGACCCGGUAG